CUUGGGCGACUAAGAUUCACCCGAGAGCCCGAGAUUUCUUCCAGAAUCACGACAGAAUGAUCAAAGUUCUUCGUUCGAUAGCGUUGAGCAUCGACAAGGACAGGGAUCCCAUUUUAGGGUCGGGUGACAAGUGUGUUCGGUGGCAUGGCGAAGUAUCAUCAGACGACCAGGAC